UAACUUAUAUUAUUUAAUACUUAUAUUUUCUCUACAAGAAAAUGCCGGCACGACGAAGUGAGGGUACUCGGGAUCACGAGGAAGACACAGCCCGCACAUCCCGACCCGAAAUUAGACUUCACCGGAUUCUGCACCAGGGUGCACCAUCAGGAACACGAGUGCACAGAGCUCGUCAAGGAAGUAGAAGACUCAGGAUGCUAGGCAGUAAUCCAUUCCUAGGGCCAACCGGGAGAUCUCGUGCCGAAGCAGUGUUCACGCCAAGUCAAUUCCGUCUAAGCCGAUCGGUUGGAGCUGAAUAUAUUGCUCCUGGAUUAUUUGGAGAAAACGCCAACAUCAUUUUGCACGUGAAUCCCGACCGUUUUAAUAACACUCAACUGAUCAGGCGGCGCAAUGGGAUCUCAGUUCCUUCCGCCGUUUGCGCAUCCAGACUGCAGCGAGAGAUCGCUGAGUUUGCGUCGCAAGAGAUAGAAGGAUGUACCAUUGCUCUGGUUGAUGAUAACCUGCUCCACUGGAUAGCUACUAUACCUGGUCCCCCGGAAACCCCAUACGAGGGCGGCUGGUUCAAGCUGGAAAUGAUCUUUCCCAAAAAUUAUCCAUUCCAUCCACCUUAUGUUGUAUUCCUAACCAGGAUUUUUCAUUGCAAUAUUGCACUUUCGGGCCGCAUUUGCGUGGACAUUCUGGGCCCAGAGUGGUCGCCAGCCUUGUCGGCUUCCAAGGUGCUCCUCUCCAUAAUGUCCCUGCUGUCCGAUCCCAAUCCGUACGAUCCAUUGGAGGCAGACUUCGCUCACCUGUACAGGAACUAUCGCCAGCUGCACGAUGAUAAUGCCCGCAAUUGGACCAACAAGUAUGCCACGCAGAGGGAAUAAUGCCACGAAUUCGAUUUGCUUUUCAUAUAUAUUUUUAUUGGAUGUUUUUGUGCCAGCACUUUUUGGUGGAUUUGAAACGGUUUACGACACUAAGAUACAUACGAGGGUGAUAUACAAAUAGAAUACAUGGGACUACGACUACUUAACCCACCUAUGCUCCGAAAUCUGAUUAAACAUCUACGUAGAUCUAAUGUCCUAUAUGCAAACGAAAUAAAUUUAUACACUUUAACCUAA